AUGGCUACACAAAUAACUCCUGGGCUUCCUCAGACAUACCGGGCACUCCUUCUCAAAUCUAGGAGAGACCCUUAUGAUAUUGAAGUGGUGACCAAGCCUAUGCCGCAAGCCGGACCAGGCAGUGUUGUUAUCCGCAUCCUCGGGGCGAAUGUCUUAACGUACAGCGACCAAAUCUACACCGGUAGUCGACCUUACCCUUACCCGACACCGUUUACACCAGGCUGUUCUGCUAUUGGUCGUGUUUCCAGCGUUGGCCCAGACGCAACGACACUUCAGCCAAGCCAGCUGGUCUUCUUCGACCUUUUCAUUCGUGGCCGGGACAAUCCAGAUUCACUGAUUCUCUCCGGCGUUUUCGAUGGCCUAAAUGCUGCAAGUAAGAAGCUGAUGGCCGGCGAAUGGCGCAACAGUACAUAUGCCGAGUACGCCAAGGUUCCGUUGGAGAACUGCUUCCCAUUGAAUGAAAGUUUGUUGCUGGGAAGUCCGGCCGAUGGAGGUCUAGGUUAUAGAGAGACAGAUUUGCUCUACCUGAGCAAACUAGCGGUGGUAUUUGGAGGGCUCAGGGAUGUUGAUGUUAGAGCCGGUGAGACAGUCGUGAUAGUGCCAGCGACGGGGGCGUUUGGUGGUGCAGCUGUGCUUGCAGCCCUGGCAAUGGGCGCACAGGUCAUCGCAAUGGGGCGAAAUCAGGAAGCCUUGGAAAAGGUGAAAGCGCUUGAUCGAAAUGGCAGAAUCCGAACAGUUCACAAUAGCGGUGAUGUCGAGGUAGACAUUCAAGAGUUGACCAAAUACGGUCCGUUGGACGUUUUCUUCGACAUAUCCCCGGAAAAUGCAUCAAAUAGCACGCAUUUCAAGAGUUGCAUUCGUUCCCUGCGUCGUGGCGGCCGAUUCAGUAUGAUGGGAGCUCCCAAAGAGGUGUCUCUGCCGGUCUAUGUCAUGAUGCACAAUGAUAUUACUUUCAAGGGGAAAUGGAUGUAUACCCCCGAUGACGUCCGCUUUGUGAUAAAGCUGGCUGAGAGGGGCUUUGUCAAGCUCGGGGAGGCCGGGGACAUUCAAACGGUGGGCAAGUUUGCUUUGGAAGAGUUUGCCGAUGCGUUUGCUGCGGGCGCGAAGAUGAGUGGUCCUUGGCUGCAAACCGUGAUUGUCCCUUGA